UCCUAAUUAAUUAAUUACUAUUCAUUAGAGGUGAUCAGAGAUGGGAAGAUCAGAUAAGGAUAGAGAUCUGGAACGUCUGAUGCCGGUGGGAACCUUAGCCGUUGAUGUAACAAAAAUCAACGGCUCCAAAUCUUCAGAUCAAUCUCCCUCGCCUUCUUCGCCUUCCUCUCAUCACUCCGCCAAAGAGGCAUUUGGCAAACAUAUUCAUAGCUGGCUUUCAAAAAAAUUUGUGAGCGGAUGUGUCAUAUUAUUUCCCAUAGCCAUAACUUUCUACCUUACUUGGAAACUCAUUAAUUUUGUGGAUGGCUUCUUUUCUCCAAUCUAUAAUCAUCUUGGGAUCGAUGUAUUCGGUUCAGUUCCUCGUAGAGGUAACAACACUAGGUGA